AGGAGGCAGCACGCUCUGGUGCGCUUCUGAUGGAGGAGAGGAGAGGAAGCUGCAGCGAGUCGCGGGGCUGAUGCUCUGACCCGGUCGUGAUGGACCCAUCUGACGGUUUCGGCUCUCCCCGACACGAGGCCACGGCAGACCCUGCGUGGGCGAGCUUCUGCUCCUGGCUGGAGUGUGUGUGUGUCGUUACCUUCGACCUGGAGCUCGGCCAAGCCAUCGAGUUGAUUUAUCCUCAGGACGUGAAGCUCACUGAGAAAGAGAAAACCAGCAUCUGCUACCUGUCCUUCCCAGACUCCUACUCAGGAUGUCUGGGGGACACCAAGUUCACCUUCAGGUUACGUCAGUCUGUGGGUCGCAGGUCAUCCAGAGAGGACGUCUACAACAGAGACGCGCCUGUCACGUUGCAGAAAGAGACUGCACAUUUCUUUGGUUACGUUUAUUUUCGACAAGUGAAGGACGUCUCUGUCAAGAGAGGCUACUUUCAGAAGUCCCUAGUGUUGGUGUCCAAGUUGCCGUACACACACCUGUUUCACUCGCUGCUUCAGAUCAUCGCACCUGAGUACUUUGAGAAGCUUGAGCCAUGCUUGGAAACAGUGUGCAAUGAGAUAGACCAGUGGCCUGCCCCCACGCCUGGUCAGAUGCUUACCCUGCCUGUCCUGGGUGUCAUCCUACAGGUGAGGAUUCCUUCAAAAACAGACAAACCAGCAGGAAGUCCCGUCAGACAGACACUCAAAGAGAGUCUCGUCCCGGCCCCCAUGCUGCUGCAGACCAUUCACGAACUGGACAUGUUCAAGUGUUUCCAGUCGGUUCUGUUCCAUCUGCAGAUGAUGUGGGAGCUCAUGCUGCUUGGGGAGCCACUGGUCGUCAUGGCGCCAUCCCCAACUGUCUGUUCAGAGACCAUCCUGGCACUUGUCAGCUCUAUCAGUCCUCUGAAGUUCUGCUGUGACUUUCGACCCUACUUUACCAUCCAUGACAGUGAGUUCAGAGAGUAUACCACGAGGACUCAGGCGCCGCCUAAUGUAGUUCUUGGAGUCACCAACCCGUUCUUCAUCAAAACGUUCCAGAACUGGCCUCAUGUUGUCCGAUUAGGAGACAUCAGGAUGGCAGGUGAUCUACCGAAGCAGGUGAAGGUGAAGAAACUGAGCAAAUUAAAGACCCUCGACACCAAACCAGGGAUCUACACCUCCUACAAGUCGUUUCUACACAAAGACAAGAUUUUUGUCAAAAGACUACUGAAGGGGAUCCAGAGGAAGAGACCAUCAGAGGUUCAGAGCGCCAUUCUGAGGAGACACCUGCUGGAGCUGACGCAGAGCUUCAUCAUCCCUCUGGAACGAUACAUGGCAAGCCUCAUGCCCCUGCAGAGAUCUGUGACACCCUGGAAGACUCCUCCUCAGAUUCGUCCCUUCAACCAGGACGAGUUCCUGUCCACUCUGGACCAUGCAGGUCCUCAGCUCACCUCCCUGCUCAGAGGGGACUGGAUGGGUCUGUACAGGAAGUUCUUCAGGUCUCCUAACUUUGAUGGCUGGUAUCGUCAGCGCCACAAAGAGAUGACUCAGAAACUGGAGAGCCUCCACCUGGAGGUGAUCUGUGAUGCAGACCUGCUUGGCUGGACCAAAGACAAGUCUGAGGUGGAGAUUGUGGACCUGAUCCUGAAGCUCAAAGAGAAACUGAUUAAAGCCGGCCAGCAGCAGCUGCAGGUUAAAGAUGGAGUUUUAGACAAACUGAACACUUUUAUUAACUCCAUGAUCAGCUCACUGCCACAAGACCAGCAGGCUCUCCUGAACACACCGUGAUCAACACACACACACACACACACACAAAAUAAAGUAGAUUUUCAGUUAAACAAACUUUCUGAAACGUGAGUUGUGUGUGUGCUUUGGUAGUGAGCUCUAAGACUUCAACACUCUGUGAUUUGUAAUUAGAACUGAAUUAUUUUUGUCUCUAAUUAUUUUAUACUUCAGUGGAAAAACAGCUGAGUCACAUGACCGGUGCUGAGUCACAUGAUGCUGAGUCACAUGACCGGAGCUGAGCCACAUGACUGGUGCCGAGUCACAUGACUGGUGCCGAGUCACAUGACUGGUGCUACAACACCUGAUGGGAAUCUGACUCUGUAGAACGGAUGUGGCGUUGUUGUAAUCUGUUCAUGUUUUUAUGAUGUUCUUAAUCUUUUUCAUUCAUAUUAUUUUUAUGUAAGAUGUUAUAUUUUAUCCUCGUGAUGCUGCUUCAGACGCGUUGGAUUAAACAUCGUUUCUAUGCUGUUAUGAAGGACCUGUCAGAGCUCCUCUGGAGGAAACGCGUGAGCGCGCUGACGGCAGAUCCAUCUGGAGCCAUGCUGGGAUUUGGAAUCCCAGAUAAACCGCACAAAUCCAAUUCCGGUCCAUGUUUUAUUUUACAUCUACCAGAACCACCUCUGCUCCCUGAUCAAACUUGUGUUGUCAUGGUAACCAGACUGAAUGACAGCUUAGAGACUGCACUGUAAAUAAAACUCCAUCCAGACGACUCCUUAAAUGUAAACAGAACCCGUUAUAAUUUAUCAGAUUAAAGUUUUAAUUCUUUGAA